AUGGAUUCUGAGAAAUACUAUUUCUCUAAAAUCGAACUUUAUGAUCCAAAUGAAAUUACAAACUAUGGAAUACAAAAACAAUUCCAACGAAAGAAGAGGAGAAAACUGGCAAAACUCGAGAGAGAAGGAAUAUUUAUCGGCAAAGACCCUAUAAAUUUGUUGAAAAAAGCUACCAAGAUCUCCGAAUCAGCUUCCAGUAACUCAGAUAUAACAUCCAACGAUCUGAUACGCAAGAAGUGGAGGAUCGCAUCCCUUAAAGCUCAAGGUGUGAAGGUUAAAGAUGACAUAUCACUGCUUAAAAAAUCAGCUAAAAAAGUACAAAAACUCAAGAGGAAAAGUGCUAUAAAUUGGAAAAAACGCACAGAAGCCACUGAACAAAAGAUGCGUGAGAAACAAAUGAAAAGAACAGCAAAUAUCCAAGCAAGAAGGACAAAGAAGCUUUCGAAAAAAAUUCGUAAAGCUCGUGAUAGAGGCAGAAUUUUUACUACAUCUGAGUGA